AUGCGCCGAGCAAGUCAGACAUCGACACUGGUUCUUGCUGCCAUACAACGACAACGAAAUCAUACAGAUUUAACAGUUAUGAAACGGAUUAUUAUGUUGGUAUCAGUAUUAGUGGUAUUACGGUUCCCGACUAUUGUUAUUAUGACACAUGGAUCUAUUGUUGGGCACAUGUAUCCAUUAGCACACAGAAUAGUUGGCGUUAUUACAUCAAUGUGUUUAAUAUUUAUUGGAAUUUCAACAAUUUAUACAACACCGCAAUUACGAAAACAAAUGCUUAAUCCUGUUUGCAAUCGAAAUAAUCAAGUACGACCUCAAUAA